GGCCAUGAACCCCAUCCAGAGGCCUGAGAUGUACAUCAUCGGCGCCCAGCCGGUGUGCAGCCAGCUGCCGGGGCUGUCCCCCGGGCAGCGCAAGCUCUGCCAGCUCUACCAGGAGCACAUGGUGUUCAUCGGGGAAGGGGCCCGCAGCGCCAUCAAGGAGUGCCAGUACCAGUUUCGGCAGCGGCGGUGGAACUGCAGCACGGUGGACAACACUUCCGUCUUUGGGAGGGUGAUGAAAAUAGGUAGCCGAGAGACCGCCUUCACGUACGCGGUGAGCGCGGCCGGCGUGGUCAACGCCAUCAGCCGCGCGUGCCGCGAGGGCGAGCUGUCCUCGUGUGGCUGCAGCCGAACCGCCCGGCCCAAGGACCUGCCCCGGGACUGGCUGUGGGGCGGCUGCGGGGACAACGUGGAGUACGGCUACCGCUUCGCCAAGGAGUUCGUGGAUGCCAAGGAGAGGGAGAAGAACUACGUGAGAGGGUCGGAGGAGCAGGCUCGCAUGCUGAUGAACCUGCAGAACAACGAGGCUGGCCGCAGGGCCGUGUACAAGCUGGCAGACGUGGCCUGCAAGUGCCACGGCGUGUCGGGCUCGUGCAGCCUCAAGACCUGCUGGCUGCAGCUGGCCGAUUUCCGCAAGGUGGGCGACCUGCUCAAGGAGAAAUACGACAGCGCCGCCGCCAUGAGGAUCAGCCGCAAGGGCAAGCUGGAGCUGGUCAACACCCGCUUCAACAUGCCCACCCAGGAGGACCUGGUCUACGUGGACCCCAGCCCGGACUACUGCCUCCGCAACGAGACCACGGGCUCGCUGGGCACGCAGGGCAGGCUGUGCAACAAGACCUCGGAGGGCAUGGACGGCUGCGAGCUGAUGUGCUGCGGCCGGGGCUACGACCAGUUCAAGAGCGUGCAGGUGGAGCGCUGCCACUGCAAGUUCCACUGGUGCUGUUACGUCAAGUGUAAAAAGUGCACAGAGAUCGUCGACCAGUACGUCUGUAAAUGAAAGGAGCCGCCAAAGCAACAAAUCUAUAUUAUAUAAAUCUAUAUAAAUAUAUUUUAUAUUUGUAUAAAUAAACAGAUGGUGAUAAUAAUUAAAGAAGCUUAUUUAAGAGACGUUUUGGUUUUGGAAUUUCCCCUCCCCCCCCCCAUCAGGCCAGGUAAUUUGAUGUUCUUUCAGUUCUGCUGGGGAAUCUGUCUUUGGGUGCAUCUCCCCUCCGAUGCUUCAGUCAGGGUGAAGAAGCUGAGGAGGUGCUGGCAAAGCACACCAGCACCUGCUCUUUCAUUACAGACAGAAAGCCAGUGAGAGGAAGAGGAAUGAGUUCUUUCUUCUCUCUGAUGAGUAAAUCUCAGCAUUUUGCAAUAGUUACUGCACAUUGGAAAUUACAGCCAGACAUGGGUGAGUCCUAGUUAUUCAGAUUUCAAAUCCUGCACUGGGAAAUUCAGAACUGAUUCUUGGUCCCUCUAAGGGCUUUGUCACAUUAGAGGGAAGGUUAGCUAAGGCUACAAGGGUAUGGCUUAAAAUCCACAGUCUUGUAAACCAUUCCUGGAUGCUCCCCAGACCACAGUGGGGUAGAGGAAAGUUCACAGCCUGCUGUUAUGAGGAAGGAAGGUCAACCUGUGGCUGACCAGUGCACAGCCUGGGAGUGCCCAUAAAGCCAACACCUGGCUCUUCUGUAGUGCCUGGGCUGAGGGAAGUCUGCCCAGCUCAAACCACAUGGCUGUGUGUGUGAGGGAUUUUUUUUUUCUUUUCCUUUAAAUCCCAUGCUGAAACUUAAUUUUUCAAUAGAGAGGAAAA